GCCGCCUUACCUAAGAAGAAAGAACAAUCUGCAAGGCCUCCAAAUUUUGAUAUUUCCCAAUUCCCACUAACGUUCGCUCGCAAUGAUUUGACAAGCAAGACACCACACUUAUAAGGCAAACAGCCAUGAUGCACCAGCGGGGCACAGCCGGUGGUUCAAGUGAAAUGACCCAGACCUCUGAUCACAAUGAUUCUUCCAGAGAUUAUGGCAACAGCCAACAUGAAGAGAGCAAGCCCAUGGCUUCCUUUCUGUACAACAAACAUGUCCUACCUGCUGCAAUCCCUGGACUGCUCUUCAUCUUCACUAUGGCUGGUGAGCUUCUCCUGGCGAUCCUGACUGUCGGAGCUCUGGCCAUUUACCUCAUGGUUAGUGGUGAUGCUCCCCAGAAUGCGGUCAUUGCAUACAUCUGCACCUUUGUGGCAUCCCAGAUGGCUGUCCUGUACUCCUGUCUUCCACUCAUCUGGAUCUCCAUCUUCAACAUCCCGUUGCUGAUGCUGCUCAACAUGUUCCUUGGAUUGACUGGUGUCUGGGGGCUUAUCCAGUUUCCUUUCUUCAUCAGCAACCAACCCAUCUUGUCACAGACCAUCGAGAUGGGACUUUUCUCUCUCUAUCCGCUAGUAUCAGUUGGACUUGUGACAUGGCUGUUAGCAUACCUGACGUCUGUCAGGUUCGCUCUCUAUGUGGCAGUCUUCUACGGCUUUCUUCUUCUGAGGAUCUUCCUUAAACCAGCAAUAUCAUCAUUCUACAAGCUCAACCCAGAGCAAUCAAGGAGAAACCAGAUCUUAGGAAGGGCAGAAGCAGCAACAGUACUCAUAGUAUAUGUUGGGUUUCCAUUUCUUUUAUAUCUAACUUCACAUAUAAUGGAAAUGCUGCAUGCUGAUAUCUUUACCCUUGUAGAAUUAUUGCUCAUAGCCUGUUUACCUUCUUUUCUAGCAACUUUAAUACAACUUCGUGGACUCUACGAACAAUUUAACAUAACUGUAAAUCAGGUAAUAUAUGCUAGAAUCAUGCUUGGUUUUGUGUCUCUCAUCUUGUCCUGUUGGAUUGCACAGCAAAUGGGCCUUUCAUCUGCAACAUCUUGGUUGUUCCCAGCAAUUGCAUCAUACACACUACUGGGGUUCUCCUUGUCAAAGGGUAGACGGUUUUUAGUUGCCUCCACACUUCUUACUCUUGGAACCCUGUUUAUCACAUCCUAUGCUAUCUACCAGGUAGUACCUUUGUCUCUCAUUAUACCAUCUGUAUCAACUCUUCCUCUAACCCUCCUCUUGGUUUUGAAUGCAUCCGUUUCUAUUGCAUGUGUCUUGCUGGCUAGAACAAAGUAUUCUCAUCUCUCGUUGUGCAUUCUUUUACAGGCAGCACUACUUGUACAUUCAGAAUGUUUCCUUAUAUCUCUAGGCCUUUAUAUGCAGUUCCUUGCUGUUUUAACAUUCUUGCUUCAAAUGUAUCUCAUUGCCAGAUUGCAUGCAAGUUCAAAGGUCACCCAUCACUGCCUUUGGUUGUGUGGCACUAUUCAUUCAAUGAAACUUCCCUAUUGCUUCCAAUACAUUUUAAAAAUCUCAGAAAAUAACGCAAAUAUUGGAAUCCUUUCCAGCUAUAGUUGUGUUGCUUUGAUAGGUGUCACUCUUAGGAUUCUUAUUUAUGAAAAUCAAGAGCAACUUUCACCUAAGGAAAUACUUAGAUACCUGUUCUUUACAGCUGUUAGUGUUCCAACAUUUAUCUUGAAUGUGAUGCAACCUGUUUUUCUGCAGGUAUUAGAUAUAAACUUUGUGGCAGUCUUGUUCACAGAUUUGAUGGUAACAAGUGCAUUUGCUUUUAAGCUGACCAAGUGCAAUAUGAAGCAGAAUCUGAAUGGUUUCAAAGUGAGUGGAGUAAUGUUUUUUGUAAGUGGCAUUUCGUUGCUGAUGCAAGCACCAGUCAUUAAGGAACAUAUGUCUCUGUGGUCAGUGCUCAUGAUAGAGAUGGCUGCUGUGCUACUAUUGUCAAGUUCAUGUUCCCUGAUCCACCCUCCUCAUCCCCGUCUCUAUGCCUUUGUGGGAGGGCUACUUAUUGGAAUACCUAUAGGUGUGAUUACGCAUCAGUUCAUAGAGCCUUUGGGUGGUCUAUUGUCCAUUGUUGCAUAUGCUGCACUCUAUGUUGAGGUCUUUACAAUAAUCUUACUACUUUGGAGGUAUUCCAUCGAAUGGAAGGAUAGGAAUCUCACUCAGUGUGUCAAAGAUCUCUUCUUGCAUGGGACAUUUGUUGCUUCAUUCAUAAUAUCCAUGUCUAUAUUUCUGAACGACCUUUGCAACCUCACUAAAUCAUCAUGGUGGAAUGCUGUCUCACAGGUUCCUUCGACAUCCCUUUUGUGUACCAUCUCUGGCAUCCUAUCUCUCACUAUCAGAUUAUUCUGUCUCAAGUGGCAGCAGCAGAAUCCUUUCUCCUACAAACCAGGCCUGAUCCCUACUUAUGGUAACAUCCUCACCAUCAUGACCUACCUUUUAGCAAUCAUUAGCAACCCUCUCCCAUUUCCUGAGAUCUGGAACUCUGUAGCAUCCAUAGUUUUCCUAUUCCUUCAACAAGACCUCAAAAUAUUCCCCAAUUUCCGUGCACCCAUGAGGACAGGUACUAUCUUUGCCGUUUGCAUGAGCCAGUUUUUAUUCUUUUCCUUCAAGUAUUCUAUUCUGUGGACAGAAGAGAUUGGUGUCUUUGCCAUCCUUGAGGUCCUAACACUGCCUCUCAGUAUUCCUUCGCUCAUCGUAAUGACAAUAGUCCUUUCACAACCUCUCAAAUUGACUAUCCCAGAGCAAACAGUCAUACUGUGUACACCUCUGCCUGUCCUUGUGUUCACAUUUGGUAAUAGCUAUGCUAGUUGGGUGCUUGCUGGAACUAGUUUUGGGUGUGGUGUUUGGCUUUUACAAAAGACGUCUUUUGGUUUGCAAUAAGUGUACAUACCAUUUGUAUAUAUUUUAUACUAAUUAUUUGGGAAUUGCAAUAAGUAUUACUGGUUUUAACUUUAAAAUGUUUCUGUAUCACGUUUUAUGCGGUUGAAUUAUUUUUUAACUCAUGUUUUGUUUUUUUGUUUUUCCUUUUUUCUAUCAUAGUUUUAACUCCAGCUAUAGAAGGUUAUUUAGUGCAUGAAUAUACCUUACAUCAGUUUUUGUGAUCGAAAUUCACAUUUUGAAUGGGUUUAGUUAUUUUUACUGUUAUACAAAUAAUGUACAUUUUUGUUGUGUUGUGGCAAUGCAGCACUCUAGAGGGCAUUUUCAAUAUGUGCAAUUCAUAUGAAUACCAGAGAUGCCUGCAUCAUCACUAACAUCAUGAAUUUUAAAAAUACGCAUUAUUUGUUUUAUAAAGUGGUUGGCAAAAUGAAUCUGAAGUUUGAAUCCCUUCAAAUUUUAUAGUAUCGCUCAAACAAAAAUGUCAUGUCUGUUUUCUUUUGUGAUAUCACAGGCAUAUCUCCUAAGUAUGCCUGACUACGUACAUCAAAAUCCUUGCCAUAACCUUUCCUUUGAUUCUUUCUUUGAAAGAAUUUAUAUUUAAUAUGGCAGCUCAUUUUUUAUGCACUAUGAGGUAAAUAAUGUACCCUAAAAUGCACAGUGCUGCACCCAAAAAUUCAUGGCUGUAAGGUUGCAUAAAAUAAGUCACUAUUAAAUGCACCCUUGAACCUGUAUUAUAAUAGUUUUUAUUGAAGGCAAGCAGUAUUUAUGUUUAAUGACAGUUGUAUGAAACAGUACUAAUUUUUAAUACUAUGAGAAAGUAUUUUUACAGCUUUUGUAGAUUUACAAAUCCAAGUACGAAAGUACAAUGUAAAUUCUUGAAAAUUUUGUGGAGCUGGAAAAUUCUAAACCAAUUCUAGAUUAAAAUUUACCAAGUUAAAUUUCAAAUUUCAGAUUCCAGCUGUUAAAUUUCAACUUUAUUAAUAUUGUGUGGAUAAUCUAUGGUCUUUGAUGAAAUAGUUUUGAAUAAAGUUAUUUGUCUAUUAUUAACUAUUGAAAGUUCAGUCAUUUUAAAUGUUUAUUAAGAUGUGUUUAAGCUGUUUAUGCAUAAAAAGCGUAAACAAUGCACCUGUAAAUACUGGUUCAUUAGAAUAAUAUAAUAUAGUACUGUGUUUUGUCCAUAUGAUCAGGGGAGCAUUCAAUCAACAUUUUGUCAUGUGACAAAUUUCUUGGGUUUUGAUUGGCUGAGUAGCACAGAUGUGUGACUGUUACUAUGGCAUCUGUCAAAUAAUCAAUAAUGGCAACUUGUCAGUGCUGACAGCUCUCGUUAUUGUUGUGUUUGUGCUGAAAGAGGAUUUUUGUCAAAUGGUCCCUGGAGCAAAUCGUAAAUUAUAUCUGUUGAGAAAUGAAACCUAAUCUGAGACGUUUUACAGUGUAGUGGAAUGCUUAGGCUCUCCCUCUUUGUGACGUCUGCCUAAAAUCAAAUGAAAUUUCUGAAAUAUUCCUUUUUAUUCCUUAAUGUACAGUUUAGUAAAUCUAGAAAGACACUUGAAUGAAUGAACUGUAAUAAUGAAUGGAUUGACAAUGUAAAGAGCAUAUGAUAUGGAACUAUGCAAUAUUUUAAUGUAAGUGGUAUUGUCAGAAUGUUUGUGCACAUUGAUGUUCAAUCAGUAUUUUCUAAUUUGUAUGGAAGGAGAAAAAAGAGAAAUGGUGACAGGUGAAAGAAAUUAAUUGAGGAUUAAGAAAGUGAUGGCUUAAAAAAUACUGCUUUGUAAUCAUCAGAAUAUUAUAAAGAAUUAGACAAGAAAGGUAACCUUUUGGUGGGCUGUUAUUUUAGAAUUAUUGCAAUGGUCACAACCUCAUUUUGUCAAAAAACAGUCUCCUAUUUCCUAUAAAAAAAUAUUUCUAGGCAAAAGAAGGAAGGCUGCCACCUAUGUCAUAAACUCUAAAAUAGAUUUUUUUUAUCUGAGCUGAACUCUAAUUUGCUUAAUUUUUGAGAAACAAUAUUUUUUACAAUAGUACGGAAGAUGUUGAUCAUUGUGGUAGUAUAGAAUCUGUAAAGGAAAUAAUCUGUUGUCUCACGAUGCGGCAAACUGAAAUUGCAACGUUUCGACUACACCUGCUAGUCUUCCUCAGGCAAUGAGGUGGACAAUCGCUGCGUGCUGUCGGUGAGAGAACCAUGCGCUAUGAUUGGUCGGAGCAACCGACCAAUCAGAAGCUGCGGAUGGUCCGAUCACUAUUUUUACAGCCCACCAGUGAGCUCUAAAAAAAGACUAAAAUGCUAAUGUAUUACUAAGGGUGUUUACUCUGAAUGUACCAAAUACUAGGUAAUUAUACUAUUGCUUAAACAAAAUGAUGAUGUGGAUUCUUGUUAUUUGAUAAAUCACUCAUCCUAUACUUCACUUCUGACCUUUCUUCAUUGGUUAUUAUGCUUUAUAUAAAAAUUAAUGCCUGAUCAUGUGCGUGCACUCAAUUGCUCUUUGAUAGUCAUUUAUUAAUCUUAUAAAAUGAGAUUACUUAGGCUGUGAAAAUCUAAAAUUGGCAAUGUGGUGAGUAGAUCUUGACAAGUGGUAAAGAUUAAUUUGCCAUUUCCUCCAUAAGCAUUGCUACCUUGCAAUAGUAAUCAAAACAUAGAAUAGAUAGCAUACUGUUAAAAGAAGAGUAUCAUUCUGAAUAUUAAAGCUUU